GAAGAGAAUCUGCGCAAUCUUGUCCUUCAUCGGGAUGCGCUCGCAAGACUGACUGGUUAUCCGUCAUACGCACACAGAGCGCAAGAGAAUAGCUUAUUGGGCUCCUAUGAAAAUGCCCACGAUUUUCUGUGGGGUGUCAUACAGGCCUGUCGACCAUCAGCAGAGCGAGAAAUAGCAGUACUGUUGGAUGUACAAUCGCAGUGUAAUGGGCUAUCCAGUAGCAUUGGCGAAUGGGACGUACACUAUCUUUCGCAAAUUUACAAGGAACGUGCUUAUGGAAUCGAGCAUUACCACGAAAUACAUAAGUUCCUCAAUCUUGGGAAUUUACUGAGCGGUCUUGCGAAUCUGCUCAAUAAGUUGUAUGGAGUGCGUGUUGAAGAACAACGGGUAGAACGAGGGGAAAUGUGGGACGGUAACAUAAUAAAAUUGGAUAUCUUCAGUGUUGAAGAUCGGUUUCUUGGGACCGUGUAUUUAGACAUUGAUCGUAGGCCUACAAAAGCCGUCGGUGAUUGUCAUUUUACAUCGAUAAAUCAUAUUAAAGAAGGAAAAUGA